UUUAUAAAAUCACCAUAAUAGCACAAUCCAAAGUUUUAAGAAGGUUCCAGUGAGGCUCCAUCAACCUGGGCGAAGCUCAAAGGUGAAAUUUGCUGUUACUCAUCAUGGAAAGUUUAAUGAAAGAGUAUGCUGCUUUUGAAGAGAAAGUAAAGCGUACUAUAUUCAUUGACAGCCUUUCACCUGCAGCUACUGAAGCUGUCGUUAGAGCUUCACUUGAUCAAUUUGGGAAUGUCAUUCAGGUCAAGUUUAUCCCAAACUACCUUGAACCAAAGAACGUUGGACUAUCUGCAUUGGUUGAGCUGGAAAAUGCAAACCAGGCGAAAACUAUAAUCUCCGAGAUAAGCAGUUCCUCAUUUAUGAUCUGUGGUAUGCCAAGGCCUGUCAGGGCACGUGCUGCUGUAGCAGAGAUGUUCGAUGACCGUCCUAUAAAACCUGGUAGGAAGAUAGUAUGCCGAUGGUUGGACUCCAGCGAUCCUGAUGUUGAGGUCGCCAAGAAGAUGAAGCAUUUGGUUAGCAAACAUGCAGAAGAAGCCAAGUUUUGCCUCAAGCAUCAACUAGAGGAGGAGGAAAAUCUUGCGAAAAAACAGACAGAGAUCUUGAACGCAACUUAUAAGAAGUAUGAACUCAUAGACAGUGUUGUUGGCAACAGAGUCGCUGAACGUCUGUCAGAACGUUACAGAGUGCACGCUGCAAAUGCUGAGCAGCAAUAAACUCGUCUGUCCAACGCUUUGCACAAGAAACUAACAUAGACCUAAAGAUUUUGCUCCCUGGCAAUAGAUUGACAUGUUUUGCUUUUUGGUAAAAGAUCAUAUUUCAGGCAGUGUAGAGAGAGCUCACUCUAUAAAAGCUUGUGUAGUGUUUGGUUGAUCUUGAAUUUAUGUUUCAAGUAAACCUUCAAGAGAGUACUUAAUAUUAUCUGUUAUGGUAUAGCUGGAGUGUGAAAG